AUGCGGUUCGAGUGGUGGCUCCGUGACCAGGAUGGCGCUGCGACGACGGGCUGCGACGUGCAGCUCGUGAGCGCGCUGAGCACGUCCGUGGAGCAGCCCCCGGCGCCCGCGUCGCCGCGGGCUGGCGACGCCCCGGGCGGGACCAGGUGGCGGGCCACGGUCAACGAGCUCUCGGGCAACUGCGCCUACCGCGUGCGCGUGCGGGGGUGCAGCGCAGCCGGGGCCGGCGCGUGGGCGGAGGCGGAGGGCAGGACCUCCAGCGUGCCCGACGUGCCCCGCGGCGUGCGGUGCGUCGGGUCCACUGCCCGACGCCUGCACCUCGAGUGGAGCGUCGAGGAGAACGUCGGCGUGGAGGUGGACAGCUGCGAGGUGAGCUGCACCAGCGGCAUGAGCUUCGACCAGCUGUGGGGCGACGGCGUCAGCUUCGAUCCGCCCCCGCGGAGGGUGGCGAGCGGCCAGGGCGCCCGGCACCUGUGGCGCACGACCGUGGUCGGCCUCUCCAUCGCCUCGGAGUUCAGCGUGCGCGUGCGCAGCGUCAAUUGCGUCGGCCAGGGCGCCUGGUCCGAGCCGAUCACCGCGAAGACCCUUGGCGUCCCGGAGGCGCCAUCUGGGCUGACGCACUCGUUCCCCGCGCCGGGGCUGAUGAAGCUGGAGUGGCGCGCGCCAAGCGUGCCAGACGCCGAGGUCAAUGACUGCACACUGAAGGAGCUGGUCACUCCGAAGAUCGCGUCCCCGUAUUGGGAGCUGCCGACCUUCAGCCCCAACGGGCGCCCCGCGCACGUGGAGGACGGCCUGUGGUGCGCCGGGGUCGCCCGCUGCGCCCCGGACACACGGCGCGUCUUCCAGCUGUGCGCGACGAACGAGGCGGGCGACUCGAAGAAGCUGCGCCAGGAGAUCACGACGUCCGGCGUGCCCGGCCUGCCCACGGACUGGACGUGCGCCCACCGCGGCGCCUCCGGGGCGGUGCGGUCUCUGCGGUUGUCCUGGGCCGUGCGCGACCCAGAGGGCGCCGCCGUGGAGCGCUGCGAGCUCGAGGUGUGGAGGUCGCUGUACUGGCAGGCGGUGGCGUUUGCGGGCGCCGAGGACGCCCCGCAGCGGGUGCCCGCCGAGGCGCCCGGCGGCGGCGGCGGCGGCUGGUACGCCACGGUGGGCAGCCUGCAGGCUGGCACCAAGUACCAGUUCAGGCUGCGGGCGCACAACGCCCUGGGAGCCGGUGCGUGGGCCGAGGGCACCUUCCAGACCUCUGCGUAG